AUGGAUCAAAUUAUGAAUGAACCGAACCCACCUUUACUGGAUUACAUAAAACUACCAUAUCCUAUCAUUAAGAAGAAACUGGUACAUGAGGAUGAGGCUGGAAUAUUUGAAAAUUUUAAAGAUAUGUUGAAACAACUUCAGGUAUUGAUGAAAGGUGGAAAGCAGAAGUUGACACAAGAACAGGUCAACAUGGCAGAAAAAGAGGAGACAAUAGAAUUGUCGGAAGUUCCACCAAAGAUGAAGGAUCCAGAGGAGUUCAACAUCACUUGCACCAUUGGAGGGAUGAAAAUCCCACAUAAUUUAUGUGACUUAGGAUCGAGCAUUAAUGUCAUCCCACUAAACAAAUUUAAAAAAUUGGAGAUAAGAGAGAUCAUACCGAGCAAUAUGACACUCACUUUGGUCGAUUCAUCGGUGACUCGUCCACUAGGUAUUGUAUAA